AUGAUCGUGAUCUAAAUUAAACGCCUUUCUUGCGUUCUGAAUGUUGUGAUGAGUUGCUUACUUCAUGCGAGUAACAACGUGAUAUUUUAAUUAAAAUAGAAAUAAAAGAAAAAUGUGAGGGACAUUGUCAGUGGCAAUGAAGAAAGAUGUAUUAUUAAAGUUUUUAAAAUAAUUUAGUCUUCCAAAUAAUUUAUAAAUGUAUUACUCUAAUUAUUUAUUACAUAAUUUUACUAAUAUAACUAUAUGCUGUGAUUAAUCAUUUAUUGUAUCUAUUGCAGACAUGUCAGAACAUGUUGAACUGCAUCAUUUACUUGAUGGUGAUAUUGAAAGUAACACAACAACACAACAAAAACGAUUUUCAAUUCUAAUGUGUAAAUCAUGCCCUUAUCUUGGUUUAAUAUUGGCAACAUUAUCAUCAUUAUUUUUUUCAUUAUGCAGUGUCAUUGUGAAGGGCUUAGUGGAAGUAAAUCCAAUGGAAUUGGCAGCAUUUCGGUUCGUGGGUGUAUUAUUACCAGCAAUACCAAUUGUAAUAUAUAAGGGUGAACAUCCAUUUCCAAAGGGACGUAGAUUAAUGCUAAUACUAAGAAGUUUUGUGGGGACCACUGGCCUCAUGUUAAGUUUCUAUGCAUUUCGGCAUAUGCCAUUAGCUGAUGCAUCUGUUGUAGUAUUUUCUGUUCCUGUAUUUGUAGCCAUAUUUGCCAGAAUAUUCCUAAAAGAGCCUUGUGGAUUAUUUAAUGUUAUAACAGUCUGUUUAACACUGAUUGGUGUAAUCUUAAUAACACGUCCACCACUAAUUUUUGGACAUACCAUCGAGUCACUUUCAGAUGGCCAUAUAAAAACACAACAUGCAGAUUUAUGGGGAGCUGUAGCAGCUUUUUCAGCAACUCUCUUUGGUGCAAAUGCAUAUGUUUUGCUACGAGCUUUAAAAGGCCUCCAUUUCUCAGUAAUUAUGACAAAUUUUGGAUCAUUUGCCUUGAUUCAGACAAUAGUUAUAUCUUGGGCUAUAGGUGCAUUGUGCUUACCUCGGUGUGGGACUGACAGACUUUUAGUUGUUGCACUUGCUCUCUUCAGUUUUGGGGGUCAAAUACUGUUAACAUUAGCUUUACAAAUGGAACAAGCAGGACCAGUUGCAAUAGCAAGAUCAGCAGACAUAGUUUUUGCCUUUUUCUGGCAAGUUUUAUUUUUCAAUGAAAUACCAAAUCCUUAUUCAGUAGGAGGAGCAAUUGUAGUUACAAGUUCAGUUUUAUUAACAGGACUAAGAAAAUGGGCGCUUUCAUUACCAGAAACAUCUAAUGUUAAAAAAUCCUUAGGUAUUUUGGUGAUGUGAAUUAUGAACUAUAAAUGAAAGAAAUAUGAUUUCUUAUUGCAUUUUUUGUUUUCGUAAUAUUAAUUUUAAUAGAAAGAGAUUGUUUAUAAGUAGAAGUAAUUUUGGCUUGCAUGAAUGAAUAAAAAUUCAUUUAAAAAUAAAGUGAGAUUUAUAUAUAAUAUGUAUAUAAAUUUUUAAAAUUUUACAAAAUUAAAUUGCUUCAAAUUUAAAAGGAUAUCCUAUAUUAUAGCUAUAUUACUAUGUUUCACAGUGAGAUCGUACUGUAUUAUUAAUACUGUUUUGUUACAAAAUGUUAUAUUUUCCUAAUAAAUUAAUGAUUGUCAUUACAAAUUCUAGUCUAAAACUCAGUAUUAUGAAAGGAACUCUUCAGACAUAUUUUAAUGUACAUUUGUUACGUGUAAGUCUUCAUUUCAUGUGAUAUACUAUAAUGAUGUUUGUAUUCUACAGUAUGCACAAGAUAACAAAGCACUCUCUUAUAUUGUACUAUACUUUUAAAAUAAUCAAUUUUUAUGCAAAUAUAAAUAUUAUAGUUGAAUUAAAAUUAGAUAUUGCACAAAUGUUAAGAAAUAUAAGUUUAUUAAAACAAAAUAUAUGUUAUUUAACAUUUCUAUACCAAUAUGGAUUAAUAAAAUAAUGAAUGUUAUUUAAUACAAAAAUUUCAAUCUCUACAAAAUUAUAAAUUACAUUGUUUAUGACUUUACAAUGUAAUUUAUAUUUUUACAUUGCAUUAUUUUAUGUGCAUGUAAAAUAUAAGAAAGUUUAAACAUACAUAUUUGAAUAGUAAUAUCCAGAAAUUGGUAUUUUAUUAUUUCAUGUACAUUGUUUUUGAUCAUAGACUAGAGUAUAUUAUCUUAAUAUUAUUUCAAAAAAAUUUUGUAAGGAACGUUUAUUCAACAACGAAUAAAUAGUGAAAUAUUUAAAUAAAUUCUAAUUUAUAGUACAUAAAUACAAAGUUAUGUAAACUUGUACUUCUAAAAUAUUGUUGUGUAUGAUACAAAUUAUGAUACAAUAAAGUUUGUAUUAGAAUGUUUACAUUAAUUUAUUUUACUACUAGAAAUAUUUUUGAAAACAUAUAAUUUCAGUUUUUAAAUUAAAAAAAAAAAAAUUAAAAAUCUUAUAUAUAGCAAAGCAUAUAAAUCAUAAAAAAGAUUAAUUUGUUCUUAAAAAAGUGAUACAAUUAAAACAUUCUGUUUUACGUGUGAGGUUAUUUAUGAUAUUUAACGUAAAUUGAGUUAAUACUGAGCUUAUUCAGUGUAAUAUAUUAGUUAUAAUAUAUACAUUGCAAAUUAGAAUAUGUUUUUGCUACUAUACACAAUAUAGUUGAACAAAAUUAUAAUAUUUUAUAUAUAAAGAAAUAUCGAGUAUAGAAGAAUAGUAGUGUAUAUUAAAAAUUGUAUAUGACGCGAAAGUUAUGUUAGUGUAAGAUUUUUUAAAUUAAUAAUUGUCAUACAGAUAUCGUGCUUAUUAUAAUACAUAAGCUAACAUUAGCUUCUUGUAGAUGUCUAUAUACGUAUAUGUAUAAUAUUGGAUAAUUUCAAGGUGUGUGUCAAUUAAAUACACCUGACGUCUAUUAUUCAUAUAUUCAUAUAUAAAGCGUUGACUACCUGAUUUUACCUACAUCAGGAUCACUACCGUGUUCUACAUCGACGCCAUUCGUCGUAAAUCAUAGAAUAUUAGAUAAGUUUAAAUAUUUAAAACAAGAAAUGUAUAAAUGUAAUAAUAUACACUAUAAUAGGAAAUAGUAAUGUGAUAAAUAUGUAAAUACUGACAUGUCAGAAGAGAUAAUGAACUUAAUAUUCGUCGUAUUUCCUAAUAACAAUAUAAUAUGAUAGAAUAGAAUAUAAUGGAUAUAAUAAUAAGCAAUAAAGUUUAGAAAGCGUGGUAUUGAUGAGGUCAGUAAAAAUUAUUCUUUGAUUCGUGAUAUAUAUGAACAAUCAGCAAGAACUAAUGGAAAAUCGUAGCGCUGAAGAGAAAUUCCGGAUCGUCGUGAUUUCUAAAGAGAUCAACGAUCCACGACUGUUACACUAAUUAAUUAAUUCCUCAUUCGACGAUCCCAUGCUAUGUCUAUUAGCGGAUUUCACGCAAAGCAGUAAGAAGAAUAAUACAUGGAAAAGGAUUACGUCCUUACAAGGUUCACCGUGUGUAAGGACCUCGUAGGAUGGAUUAUGCCGCUUGACGAAAAUUUUGUCACUGAAUGCUAAGAAAAUUAGAAUGUAAUCAACGCUGUCUUGAAGAUAUCUUGUUCACUGGAAGGACUGCUGUUACUAUUGCUACUGAGCAAUAUUCGGAAUCAUCAGAAUGCUACAAUUUUCGCGUAUAUUCACAUUAUGAUAUAGAAAUUUAAUCAGGACCGCUUGGACAGGCCCGGUUUAUUCUAUACCUGACAUUAACAUGUAAAUAAAAUCAGUUUGAAAAUUAAAGUGAUUGAUAUUAUACGUUCAUGAGUAAAUGUCAUUAUUUUGUGUUA